CAGGAAGCCAUUUUAUCGUAUAAUCAGCGUUAUAGAGAUAGAUGGGAUUUUGUAGCUUUUCGUAAAUUUUUUCUGGAUUUUCUUCCAAUACAAGAAAAAGAAGAUUUUUUUGAAUAUACUUUACCAGAAAUAAUAAGAUUAGCUUUAUUAUUGCCCUCAUUAUGUACACAGGCAGAAAUUCUAAGCACCCUAACACCAAUACCAUUAUUAAAAAAAUUUGUCAACCACAGUGUGUCCCUGAGUCAGCAGCAGAUAGCCUGUUUAUUAGCUAAUGCAUUCCUUUGUACCUUUCCUAGAAGAAAUUCUCGUCACAAAGGUUCUGAAUAUUCUAAUUAUCCUGAUAUCAACCUAAAUGGCCUGUUUCAGGGAGGUGGAAAAAGAAAGAAAUUUGAAAAGCUGAAAUGCAUAAUUCAUUAUUUUGAAAGAGUUACCACAAAAAUGCCCUGUGGUGUUGUAACGUUUACUAGGCAAUAUAUAGACAAUACACCCAUCUGGGAUGAUUUUAAGCUUUUGGUGCCUGAACAAAUACAUGUUUCAUCACAAGGUACUAUCGAAGAUGAUGGCUUCGGCCUUUUACAGGUUGAUUUUGCCAAUAAAUUCAUUGGUGGAGGAGUGUUAGGACAUGGUUGUGUUCAAGAAGAAAUCAGAUUUGUAAUCUGCCCUGAAAUGUUGAUCUCCAGGCUGUUCACAGAAGCCUUAGAUGAUAAAGAAUCUCUGAUUAUGAAAGGUUGUGAGAGAUUCAGUAAUUAUCAUGGCUAUGCAGAUAGUUUUGUUUGGGAUGGAGAUCAUAUUGAUAAUGGAUUCAGAGAUGUCAAUGGAAGGUUGAAUACAGAUGUAGUGGGUAUUGAUGCUCUUGUUAUACAUUAUCCCAGUGAUCAGUUUAAAUCUAGAAUGGUUAAAAGAGAAUUGACAAAGGCAUAUGCUGGAUUUGAAGUAGUAAAUGAUAAAAGUAAAAACCCCAGUAGACCUGCUGUCUGUACUGGAAACUGGGGAUGUGGGGUAUUCAAAGGUGAUAAACAAUUAAAAGCUUUAAUCCAGCUAAUGGCCGCCUCUGCAGCUAAACGUGAUGUGUGUUAUUUUACAUUUGGAGAUGAUAAAUUAACAGAAGAUAUUUAUGAUAUUCACAAAUUCUUGAGAGAAUCUGAAAUUGAAAUAGGUAACUUGAUUUGUCUUCCAUGUAUAAUAGGGGUUAUGAAAUUAGUUGAAAUUGUGUAA